CAGUGUCCCCCAAUCAACCCGACAAAAGCGCAGACGGACACCUGUUUCAUGCAGCACGUGCCGCGAACGAAAAGUCCGAUGUGACCGGGCCAAACCCUGCAGACAAUGCGUGCACCUCAACAUCGCUACAACGUGUAUAUACGAGGAGAACCGUUAUGCGCGUCGCGUUCGCGAGAUAUCUCAUCCAGUCAGCAGCAGUGAUAGCAUUCAGCGACCAGAUGGAGCUCAGAGUACUAGUACCGCCCAACAGGUCACCCAGGCGUCUGACACGCCUCAAACCGCAACAGGGCAUAUACAAGGCACUAUGUCCAAGACGAGGGUAUUCGGGAAUGGCCACUGGAUGAACACCUUUUCUCACUUGGAAGCAUUGACGAUCAUGGAGCCCAUUGGGGAGCUGUACCAGGCCAUCACCCGGCAUCCAAACGGGCCUUUGAACCCGAUUAUAGAGACAAUCGCUGAAUGCAAGAUUUUGGGUCGGAGAAUCAAAAGUCAAUAUCCAAGUCGCAGCUCUCUUCCGGCUGAUAUCCAUCAAUCGCUUCCCGACCGUCAACUGGUAGAUGAGCUGAUUCGGCUCUAUUUCUCCACGUUCGAGACAUGCUAUCGGAUUUUCCAUUAUCCAUCGUUUGUGAUGGAGUGUGGAAGCUCUUUAAAUGAUGCAGAGGCAUGUGAGAGUUCUCUUCUGUUGCAGAUACUUCUCGUGAUUGCCAUCACAGGCCCUUUACAUGAGGAUGAGAAUGUCCGCAACAAUGUGUCUGCAAAGGCCCACACGUGGAUUCAUACUGCCCAGACAUGGCUCUCUGCACCGCUAGAAAAGGGCCGCCUGACAUUGAGAGGCAUUCAAGUUCACUGCCUUUUGCUGCUCGCUCGUCAGGUCCACCGAGUUGGGGCCGAUCUGAUCUGGAUCUCGGCAGGCUCGUUGAUGCGAAUGGCCAUGCAGAUGGGACUGCACCAAGAUCCGAAAUACCUGGGCGAGAUGAACCCUAUGCUGAAGGAGACACGUCGGCGACUGUGGUACACUAUACUGGAGUUGAACCUGCAAGCGGCAUUGGACUCGGGAAUGCACCCGAUGAUUGCGACGGGGGAUUGGAAUACUGAGCCUCCGAGUGGUGAGCCCGACAAGGACGAGGGUUCAAACAGAGAGUCGAUCAACUUCCAGCCCAUAUUAUGCAAAUCAAUCCCUGUGCGGCUUCAAGCCACAAGGGUUAUCAAUUGCCUGCGGGAGGAACCGUCGUACGAUCAGAUCCUCCAUAUUGGAAACGAACUAGGGACAGCGUGCCGCGAUGUCGCGGUUGCAAUUACUCGGACGUCCCCCACCCAAUUUGCAGCCAGCUUAUGCACCCACAUGAUUCGUCGCUUUCCCUUAUGUCUUCACUACUCAUUCGCCAUCAAAGCAAGGGCUAAUCCUCUCUACACUUAUUCCAGGCACGUCGGUGUGGAGGCAGCGUUGGAUAUUGUCUCACUUCUCGAAGACGAUCUCUACAGUCGCGUUCUUCGCUGUGGCGGUGGCAUAUUUCGCGACAUCAUCACGCGCGCGGCAAUGCUUAUUUUCUUGGAAUUUGGCGCCGACCAAGAAGCGGAGAGCUCCAUGUUCGCGAAGAAAAGAGACCUUGCUCGCCAGGAGAUACUGCUCCGGGAUGCUCGCUCCGUGGUGCAGUAUGCUAAGGACCGAAUAUGGCACGGAGAAACGAAUGUCAAGAUCUAUAUCUUUUUUAAUAUCAUGAUGGCCCAGGUGGAGGCUCGUCUUAAUGGGGUGCCGGAGAAAGAGGCCAUCUCGAGAACUCUUCACGAGAGUGUGGACGAGGCUCAUGCCAUCUUGAAGGAGAUGGUCGCCAGGGUGCCAGAUGUAACGAGUUCGGAGGUUGACUCCGGCUCAGGCAACAAGGAUCCUUCGUUGGAUGGCUUCGGGGUUCUAGAUGGCGAUUUCAAUUGGGUGCAUGAUGGGGAGCUUGACUUUGACUUUUCUGACUUUCAGGUCCUUUCGCAGUGGUAAGCCCACCACGCAGAAGCAACGAUUUGGAUCUAAGGACUUGCUUUAUCAACCCUAAGAGUGGAG